GUUUCUCUGAUUUCUCUGAUUUCUGGUUUCCCUUUUUCCUUCGAUACAAGGUUUCUUCAGUUGCUGUUUUGGAAGCAUAAUCUGGUGGUUCUCUUUCAAGGAUUCAUCCCAGUGUUGUGGUUUAGUCUUACGCUUCUUCAUUCUUUUCUGGAAAUCGCCUAUUCUACUGCAACAAGUAAGUUUCUUCUGUUGUGAUGAUUUUGAUUUAUGUUUCAAACUGUUUGUUGUGUUUGAUAUGCUUGACUUCUAUUCUUGUGCAUCAUUGUUCGUUAAUGUUUCCAUGUGUGUGUUAUGAUCUGCUUGAUUGAAUUCCAUGACUUUGUUUUGUUGUUUGUGUUCUUCGUUUGGGAAAAGAAUUUCCAGAAAUCUGGAAAUUCUUUACGGUGUUCUUCGUGUUCUGAUGGUUUCACCCCUUAGGAAAUCUGUUUUGAUUUGUAAUUUCAAGUUUUAGCAAAUUUGUCUUGUUUGUCUAGUGGAACUCGUCUCAUCCGAGCUUGUUUCCCUGUCCUUAGGUAUGUCGGGUGACCCAUCAGAUCGCGAGGAAGGGGUGGGUUAUGAUGAUGACAAUGUGGAUAUGGACGAGCCGUCUGCUGAGUUUUAUGUGGUUCGUCCUCGACCUGAUGAAUCUGCCGAGGUGGGAGAGGUGGGGACCUCGGUGCCUGCUGGCCCUUCCCGAAAAGGGAAAGAAAAGAGGAAAACUGUCGGUGAUAAGCCUGAUGAUCGGGACAUCAAAGCGUCGCGGUGCACCCUGGGUUUUUUGAGGGCCGUGCGGAAAGCGUUCGACAUCCCGCAGGAGUACGAGCUGUCUAUGAUUCCCGCGGGGAAGAGAUUAAAUGACGCUCCUCCCGAGAACACGAUUAUGCUCACCCUGGAGCAUCUCCAGUCUGGCAUCCGGUUUCCUAUAUCCGAGCAGUUCAAGAGGCUGAGCAACUACUUCGAAGUGCCGUUAUCCCAGGUUCAUCCUAAUGGAGUUCGGCACUACUCUUGUUUCUUGGAGCUGUGCCGACAGACUGGGGUGACCGACAGUAUGCGACUUUUCUGCUGCAUGUACCUGAUGUCGCUGAAGGAUCAGAGUCAUUUCGCCUAUCUGCGAUUCCGGGGUGAGAGGAAAGACAUGGCCGGAGGGCUGGUGUCGGGGAUAACUGACUCCUUGAGGGACUUCAAGGAGGAUUAUUUUCAGGUGUCUCACCCUACUGCCUUCCAGGGGAUGGUGACCACCUGGGUCGCUAAGUGUUAUAAGCCCGACAAGUGGUUCCAUACCCCUGGCCCUUUGGAGCGAGAUGAUAUGUACAAGCUCCGGGAUGCUGCUCCUGCUGGGGAGAAAGCACAGGCUGACGACCUGUGCCCUAAACUCCUGUUUGAUUACUGGAAGGGCACAGCUGCGGCUAGCGCUGUGAACAGUCUGGACCCCGCCAAGUUGAUUGGGAAGAAAAGAAAAAGGCCCGCUGUCCGAGCUGCGACCCCCACAAUCCCGCGGGCUGCACCUGCUGCGGGUUCGGCUGUCCCCCGGCCUUCCCCAGCGGGUGAAACUGCUGCUAAACCCACGUCUCCGGAGGUUCCGGAAGGCGUUCAAGUUACGGGGUUGGAUGCAAUUCCUCUCCGAGUUCAGAGGCCCGGCGAGACGGAGUUUCCCCCUGCCGCCGAACCAAGAAGGGACAUUCCCUUUGUGGACCUGGGCUCGGCGGAGACCGUGAUGGGACCCGACAACCCGAGGAUGUUCCUCAACGGGCUGCUGCUGAGGUCGGGGGUCCUAGCGCCCGUGCUGUAG